AUGCAGUGCCUCAUCCUGCUUCUUUGCCUUGCUCAGCUCUGGGGCUGCCAAUCUGUCCCUCUUGGCGGAGGGCUGGCUUACAGGGAGCUGAGCUGUGAUGAUCCUGAGACAGAGCAAGCAGCCGGGGUGGCCAUAACCUUCAUCAAUGCCAACCUUCUUAAGGGCUUCAAGCAGAUCUUGAACCGGAUUGAUAAAGUGAGGGUGUGGCCUCGGCGGCCCGUAGGAGAGGUGUUUGAGCUUGAACUAGACACCUUGGAAACCACCUGCCACGCCCUAGACCCCACCCCUGUGGAAAACUGCACCGUGAGGCAGGUGGCACAGCAUGCUGUGGAAGGAGACUGUGAUUUCCACCUGCUGAAAGAGGACGGCAAGUUUUCAGUGUUGUCUGCAAAAUGUGAUUCCAGUCCAGACUCGGCUGAGGACGUGCGGAAGGUGUGUCCAAAGUGUCCCCUGCUGGCCCCGAUGAAUGACACCAGAGUGGUGCAAGCCAUAAACAAGGCGCUGGCUGCCUUCAACGCUCAGAGCAACGGCUCCUACUACCUGCUUGUGGAAAUUUCCCGGGCUCAAAUUGUGCCUGUCCCACCUUACACCUAUGUGGAGUUUGUAGUGGCUGCCACAGACUGUGUUGCUAAAGAGGUGACAGACCCAGCUGCAUGCAACUUGUUGGCGGAAAAGCAAUAUGGCUUCUGUAAAGGGUCUCACAUUCAACGGCUUGGUGGGGAAGAGGUUGAGGUUUCCUGCACCAUGUUCCAAGCACAGCCCCUACCAGCUGGCAACAAUGGAGGGGGGCCUACCCCUGUGGCAGAUGCAGCUGCUCCUGCACCUUCUCCAGCUAAUCCGGCUCCAGCAGCUCUGGUGGUGGCAGCCAAGGUGGCAGCUCCUGUGGGACCGCCGGUAUCCCCAGUACACCAUGAUUUGCGCCAUUCCUUCCCGAGUGUGGCCUCAGUGGAGUCAGCCUCAGGAGAAUCCUUCAGUGUGAAGAAACAACCCAAGCCAGGCACCGCCGUUGCUGCUGGUCCACUGGUUCGCCCAUGCCCUGGGAGAAUCAGACACUUUAAGGUCUAGAUGAAGGUGAGGGAUGAGAAGUUUUGGCACAGAGAGCAUAGCCACCAUUGUGUCCAAGAAUAUGGGGAGGCCUGGAGACCCUGUCUACUAACAAAGCAAGUGCCCUUGCCUACUAACAAAGCAAGUGCUUGGUCAAGACAAGCCAAGUCUUGAACCCCAACUUUUCUCCAUACCUGAGGACAGAAACAGAAGGGGUGAUGCUUAUGUUUUCUGGAAGGCAUAGGCUGGUAAUUGGUUGUCCUUAUUUGGAUGCUAAGCCAUCACCAUUGGGUUCUCUGCCUUCUGGUUGACCUUACAAAAACAAUUAGAACUGUGACUUUGAAAGGUGCUCUUGUCAAGUUUAUAUCUGCUUAUUAAUAAAAGUGCCUG